CAGGCUGGCCUUGAACUCGCAACGAUCUUCCUGCCUCAGCCUCCUGAGUGUUGGGAUCACAGGCGCGCAUCACCACGCUCGGCUAGGAAUCCCUGUCUUUCAGUAAGGAGGCCCGGCAGGUGCUGGCGUGGCCCAGGCCCGGCCGCAGCCCUUGUCCUCUCCCUCCUCCAGGCCUCUGAGUGCCACUCCUGAUCUUGCUCCUUGUCACCUGGGACCCCAUGCAGCCGGAACCCAGGCCUAGCAGGGCCGGGGCCCGCAGCCGCUUCCUGCCCCUGCAUUCCGAGUGCCCCGAGGGGGCCGGGGACACGGUGAUGUACGCGUCCACCGAGUGCAAGGCCGAGGUGACCCCGUCCCAGGAUGGCAACCGCACCUUCAGCUACACGCUGGAGGACCACACGAAACAGGCCUUCGGCAUCAUGAACGAGCUGCGUCUCAGCCAGCAGCUGUGCGACGUCACCUUGCAGGUGAAGUACGAGGACAUCCCCACGGCGCAGUUCAUGGCGCACAAGGUGGUGUUGGCCUCGUCCAGCCCCGUGUUCAAGGCCAUGUUCACCAACGGGCUGCGCGAGCAGGGCAUGGAGGUGGUGUCCAUCGAGGGCAUCCACCCUCUGGUCAUGGAGCGGCUCAUCGAGUUCGCCUACACCGCGUCCAUCUCCAUGGGCGAGAAGUGCGUGCUGCACGUCAUGAACGGCGCUGUCAUGUACCAGAUCGACAGCGUCGUGCGCGCCUGCAGCGACUUCCUGGUGCAGCAGCUCGACCCCAGCAACGCCAUCGGCAUCGCCAACUUCGCCGAACAGAUCGGCUGUACUGAGCUGCACCAGCGCGCGCGCGAGUACAUCUACAUGCACUUCGGGGAGGUGGCCAAGCAGGAGGAGUUCUUCAACCUGUCCCACUGCCAGCUGGCGACGCUGAUCAGCCGGGAUGACCUGAACGUGCGCUGCGAGUCCGAGGUGUUCCACGCGUGCAUCAACUGGGUUAAGUACGACAGCGAGCAGCGGCGCUUCUACGUCCAGGCGCUGCUGCGCGCCGUGCGCUGCCACGCGCUCACCCCACACUUCCUGCAGAUGCAGCUGCAGAAGUGUGAGAUCCUGCAGAGCGACGCGCGCUGCAAGGACUACCUGGUGCAGAUCUUCCAGGAGCUCACGCUGCACAAGCCCACGCCGGCCAUGCCCUGCCGCGCGCCCAAGGUGGGCCGCCUCAUCUACACGGUGGUGGGCGGGCUGCUCUACGCCGUGGGCGGCCGCAACAACUCCCCUGACGGCAACACUGACUCCAGCGCCCUGGACUGCUACAACCCCAUGACUAAUCAGUGGUCGCCCUGCGCCCAGAUGAGCGUGCCCCGCAACCGCAUCGGCGUGGGUGUCAUCGACGGCCAUAUCUACGCGGUGGGGGGCUCGCACGGCUGCAUUCACCACAACAGCGUGGAGAGGUAUGAGCCUGAGCGGGACGAGUGGCACUUGGUGGCCCCGAUGCUGACCCGGAGGAUCGGUGUGGGCGUGGCUGUUGCGGGUCACCCGGGGGCGCCGCCUCAGUCCCAGCCCCGCGGCCCUCCAACUUGCGGUCCUCCUGCCUCAGCCUCCCAAGUAGCUGGGAUCACAGGCAUGCGCCACCGCGCUUGGCUCCUGGCUUUGUUUCUAAGGGGUUCCUCAAGGCUGGGGAGAGGCGAGAGGGAAGGUGGUGGCUGGGGUCCCCCAAAUCCAGACUCCAGAGUGACCUCUCCCGCUGGGUGUGGUUUAGGAGUCUGUGUGUUGCACAACUGUAUCUACGCUGCCGGGGGCUAUGACGGUCAGGACCAGCUCAACAGCGUGGAGCGCUAUGACGUGGAGACGGAGACCUGGGCUUUUGUGGCCCCCAUGAAGCAUCGGCGAAGUGCCCUGGGGAUUACUGUGCACCAGGGGAGAAUCUAUGUCCUUGGAGGCUACGACGGUCACACGUUCCUGGACAGCGUGGAGUGCUACGACCCGGACACUGACACCUGGAGCGAGGUGACCCGCAUGACAUCCGGCCGGAGUGGGGUGGGCGUCGCCGUCACCAUGGAGCCCUGCCGGAAGCACAUCGACCAGCAGAACUGUACCUGUUGAAGCACUUGGGCUUCUAGGGCAAAAGGAGAGAGAGAGAGAGAGAGAGAGAGAAUGGUCUGACCCACAGCAUUGUUUUCAUGCAUAAAACAGGGACAAAAAAAAGUGACAGCAGAUCCCCGUCCUCCAGGAGGGGCUGGGCACCUUCACAUGCAGGUGGCAACCAGAAAAGAGCGACCAGAGCCGGAAGCCACGUGCCCCCAGUCGCCUGGGAGCGUCCACGCAGCAGCCUGGGACGGGGCGAGGAGACUGGGCCACCACCUGCUGCCACCUCCCUUCGGGGUGCAGGUGCCACUCGAGGCUGGUUUUGUUCCUUGUGUCUUUGCAGUCAGCGCCCAUAGCUCCAGGCAGGGGCCAGGUGAGGCCUCAGGCCGAGGUCCCACGAGAAACAUGGUCCCCAGGGCUGGGUCCCUCCAGAAAAGCCACCGGUGACUCAGCGGGGGCGGUUGUUCUAUUGAUAAAUAACCCUGUAAGUUUCCAAUGAAAAUAAAGAACAGACUAACACUGUCUUCCACCCA